AUGAAUGCCGACGAAGCGAUCCCUGAGCCCGAGGAGAAUGACGAUCGUAUGGUUGUAAACAGUGUUGGGAGCUUUGUAUGGCGAGUCGACGAUAUGAAUAGACUACGUCGCUUUUUAAUCCUUGGCAGUGAGUACGCAACUUAUUACAUUGGGGAACGAACGUUGGGAAGAGAAAAUGCGAGGGCAAUUUCAAAUCUUUUGCAAGGAGGACGCGGUGUUGAUGUCGUGAAUGAGAUUCUGAGAUUUAGCACGCAAGGACGAACUACAAAACAAGAUCCUAUUAUGUUUGCCUUAGCAAUGUGUGCUCGGGAAGGUGAUUUGCCAACCAAACGUAGAGCAUACGAAAUUCUCCCGCAAGUUUGUCGUAUCCCUACCCAUCUUUUCAUGUUUGUCGGUUUCUGCGAGACGCUCAGCAGGCCGUCAACUGGUUGGAGUCGUGCUCAUCGCAACGCAAUGAAAAAAUGGUACAUCAUCAAAGCCAGAGAUGAUCCGAUGAAACUAGCUAUGGACGUCACGAAGUACCGGAAGAGAGAAGGCUGGUCCCAUAGAGAUGUGGCUCGGUUGACACAUCUUAAUCCUGUUGCAGCAAAUGUCCCUGAUGGGCUUUUUGCCAUAAUGAUGUAUAUUGCCCAAGGCUGGAAUGAGGCCAUGAAUCAGUUUUAUUUUCCAGAAAAUGGAAUCCCUCCAGGCAGAAGUGCCACGACAAAUGCAGUGCUAGAAUUUCUGAACGCUGUCGAAGCUGUCAAACAGUUUAGAGUUGAUAAUAUUCCACAGGUUGUCAAUCUGAUCCUGACACACAAUCUUGUUUGUGAACAUAUACCUACGGAAUGCUUGAGAUCGAUUGAGGUAGGAAUUUACAGAUGA